UUCAAUUCAUUGCCUCAAACACCAAAACAUUCAACAAAGUACACAAAUACAACACAUCAUAACAUCAAAGUCCUUUUGUCUCUUGGCAUUCAAGGAGGGACAGAGGAGAUUCAAAAAAGAAACCAAAAGCAAUUGAGUUACCCUUCAUUGCUCUUCAAAAGAGUGACAUAGAACCCGUUUAGAAAAUAACAAAUAUUAGAAAAGAAAAAAAUAAGAUAAUUAAAGGGGAUUAGAGAACAAGGAAAGAAAGUUUAGAGGUCUCUUUGAUAAGACUUUUUGGCUUCUUGGUUUGUUUUGUGUGGUUUGUUUUCAUUAGAAGAGCACUAAAAGUUGAAGAUAGUGUUUGGAAGGGAGAGUAAUGUGGCUGCAAAAGAAUCACCACGACAAGAAGGAAGGGGUCAAUGGAAUAGUGGCAGUGGCAAUAGAUUCAGACAAGGGGAGCCAGAAUGCACUCAAAUGGACCAUUGAUCAUCUCCUCAGCAAAGGCUCAAAUUUAGUUCUCAUUCAUGUCAAGCCAAAGCAUUCUUCUCUUUCUGCAACAACUUCUCUUGUAACUCCAAGGCUAGGGACACAUAGUAUUGUUGAGAAGUUUACACUUGUUUGCAAGGACCCAGAUGAGCAAACAAGAGAAAUUUUUCGGCCAUAUCGUGUAUUUUGUGCAAGGAAAGAUAUACACUGCAAGGACGUUGUACUAGAAGAUGUGGACGUAUCCAAAGGCUUAAUUGAAUAUGCUUCUCAAUAUGCAAUUGAGCAUUUGGUCAUUGGCUCUUCAAACAAAGGUGGUUUUCUUAGAAGAUUCAAGGUAGCAGAUAUUCCUGGAAUAGUAUCAAAAGGAGCACCAGAUUUCUGCACAGUAUAUGUUGUUGCCAAAGGGAAGAUUCAAUCCAUGAGAUCAGCUUCUCGUGCUGCUCCUGCCUUUUCCCCUCUUCAAAGCCAACUUAGUCAACCCAAUGUUAGGUCAGACCAUUCAGAAUCACGUGUGCCUCUGGCCAAUAGUGCCAAAGGACUUGAAAGGAGGUCUUUUGAGACACCAGCACCACCCCGUAGAUCACAGGAAGGAACAGACUUCUUCAGGUCACCACUGACUAGGAAAGGUGUGAAUGAUAGGUCAUAUGCGGAAAUUUCGUUGCCAGAUACUGACAUAAGCUUUGUAAGCUCUAGAAGGUCAAGUACAGAUCGCUUAUUCCCUUCAUUACAGAGCAACAACAACCACAACUCAGAGACAUCUAUGUCAAAUCCCCGGAUGUCAUAUAGCUCUGACAUAGAUGGAAAUAAUUAUAGCUUUGAAUCUGUGCAUUUUGGAAGAAGGUCUAUGGAUAUCAACUCUGAUUUCUCAUCAUUCUCACAAGAAAGUGAUGGCUUCUCCUCUACAUCACAGGGCAUGGAUGAUGUGGAGGCUGAAAUGAGAAGACUGAAGUUGGAGCUUAAGCAAACAAUGGAAAUGUAUAGCAAUGCCUGCAAAGAAGCACUCACAGCACAACAAAAGGCUGUGGAACUCCAGCGAUGGAAAUUAGAGGAAGAGAGGAGAUUGGAGGAGGCAAGGCUCGCUGAAGAAGCUGCAUUGGCAAUCGCAGAGAAGGAGAAGGCGAGAUCAAAAGCAGCCGUUGAGACUGCUGAGGCACAAAAGAGAAUUGCAGAACUGGAAGCACAAAAGAGAAUCAAUGCAGAAAUGAAAGCAUUUAGAGAAUCAGAAGAGAAAAGAAAAGCAUUUGAUGCUUUUUCAAAUAGUGUGAGGUAUAGAAGGUACACAAUUGAGGAGAUUGAAGCUGCAACAAAUUUUUUUAGUGAGUCACUGAAGAUUGGAGAAGGGGGUUAUGGUCCAGUUUAUAAGUGCCAUUUGGACCAUACACCUGUGGCAGUGAAGGUUCUACGUCCUGACGCAGCUCAAGGAAGGUCACAGUUUCAAAGAGAGGUUGAGGUACUGAGUUGCAUUCGGCAUCCAAACAUGGUUCUCCUCCUAGGAGCCUGCCCUGAGUAUGGCUGCCUUGUGUACGAGCACUUGACAAAUGGAAGCUUAGACGAUCGCCUCUUCUGUCGAGGAAACACUCCCCCGAUUCCAUGGCAGCUGAGGUUCAAAAUUGCGGCCGAAAUCGGCACAGGCUUGUUGUUCCUCCACCAGACCAAACCUGAGCCUCUUGUGCACAGAGACCUUAAACCAGCCAACAUCUUGCUAGACAGAAACUAUGUGUCCAAGAUCAGUGAUGUAGGUUUGGCCAGGCUGGUUCCACCCUCUGUAGCAGACAAUGUGACACAGUAUAGAAUGACAUCUGCUGCUGGAACAUUCUGUUACAUAGACCCUGAGUACCAGCAGACAGGAAUGCUGGGAGUGAAAUCUGACAUAUACUCUCUUGGUAUCAUUUUCUUGCAAAUUUUGACAGCAAUGGCUCCAAUGGGUUUGACACAUUAUGUUGAGAGGGCCAUUGAGAAGGGCACAUUUGCUGAUAUGUUGGAUUCAAAAGUGCCUGACUGGCCAGUGGAGGAGGCCUUGAUCAUGGCAAAGAUUGGUCUCAGAUGUGCUGAACUUAGGAGGAGAGACAGACCUGAUCUUGGCAAGGAAGUGCUACCUGAACUAAACAGGCUUAGAGAACUUGCUGAAAACAAUGAUCAGUGUUCAAUGUUUAGUGGCUAUUAUAGCCCAUCCAAUCAGAGCCAAGUUUCUCUUCAGCUGGAUGGAUCCAGUUCUCCACUUCCUUAUUCUGGGUAGAGCACAAAAAACACAUCAAGCUCUGUCUGAGAAUCAUUGAAAACAAUAUCUUCUUCAGCAAAAUAGAUAGUAUAUAUGUUGGGUGAAAAUGAUCCCAAGGAUAAAGUGUAAAUUACUUAGGAGAAUUGAUGUAAUAGCUUCCUUGAUUCUUUUAAUUUGUGCAUGAGAUUUUCUUAGAUUGUAAAAAUAGAAGAGUCAAAGUGUAAGUAUAAGAACCCAAGUUACUACGCCAAGCCUCUCUUCAGGGACUAUUUGGUCCGGAAGUGAGUUCCAAUCAAAGUUAUUUUAUAUAUUUUA